AGGUAAAACUAGGUCUGUUAAGGAAUACUGCAGCGGUUUAGCCUCAUCUAGUGGGCAAGGAGGACUGAGGGAUUCAAAUCUAAAACACCAAUCUUGGUGUCAAGAUGUCACUGAAAGUACAGACAAGUAACAUCACAAACAAGAAUGAUCCCAAGUCCAUCAACUCCAGGGUCUUCAUUGGGAACCUCAACACAGCAGUGGUCAAGAAGUCAGAUGUAGAAACCAUCUUCUCUAAAUAUGGCAGAGUGGUGGGCUGCUCCGUGCACAAAGGCUAUGCAUUUGUACAAUACUCAAAUGAGAGGCAUGCACGGGCUGCUGUCCUAGGGGAGAAUGGGAGAGUACUCGCCGGUCAGACUCUAGAUAUAAACAUGGCUGGAGAACCGAAGCCCAACAGACCAAAAGGACUAAAGAGAACAGCAUCUGCCCUGUACAGCAGUGGCUAUGAUUUUGACUAUGAUUACUACAGAGAUGACUUCUAUGACAGACUCUUUGAGUAUCGUGGAAGAGUCUCCCCCGUACCCCGGAUGGUUCCUGUGAAGCGGCCGCGAGUCACCAUCCCUUUAGUACGGCGUGUCAAAGCAACUAUCCCAGUCAAGCUCUUUGCCAGAUCGGCUGCUCUUGUGAACAGUUCAGCCAAAUUAAAAUUGAAAUGCAAUGAACUGCAGACAAUUAAAACUGAGCUGACACAGAUCAAAUCCAACAUUGAUGCUCUCUUGGGCAGAUUGGAGCAGAUUGCUGAACAACAGAAAGCACCUACAGAAGUUAGGAAAAAAGCAGAUGGAAACAAAAGUGAAAUUUCUCAAGAAGACACAGCAUCAGAAGCAGACAUGAACACGGAAGAGCCAUUAAAUGGGGAAGAAGAGGAAGAUGAAGGUCUUGUGCAGGAUGACUGUGAUGAUGAAUUGGAGAAUAGCCAUUUCACAUAUGUGGAAGACUCCAGCCUACAGUAACUAGGUAUAUUCUAAAACAUGAAGAUUCCAUUCAUGACAGCAAAAUCCCAUUGAAUUAUGUAAAAUAAUAUGUAUUUAAUGUUUCAUAUUUUGAUUUAAUAACACAUUUAAGUUUUGCUUUCUUUUCUCCUUUUUUGAGAAGUUCCUUUCUUGGUGAAAUAUUUCCAAUUUUAUUAAUUUCUUCCAUGUUAUUUAUUUCUUUGCGGUGGUGGAUGGCAGAAGGUCUGCAACGUACAUCAGAUACCACAGGCAUAAAGGGGACAUCACCUGCAUUUUCAUACUGACAUCCCAUUGAUACUGUCCUGAAACUAUUGCUCAGCUGCCUUGCUGCUGACAUGAAAAGAAACAGAAAAGGAAGAAGAGGGGAAGUUAUGGAAAAGAUGGUGAAAGAAACUUUGGCCUACAAGUGAUUAACCAACCAGCAGCAGCAGUGUUCUCUUUCUUGGUCCCUUGAUAGCUGUUGGGCUACAUAAUCAUAUUUUUAUGUCAAUCUUCUCUACUCACUGCAUCUAUUAAUAUUUGCCCUUGACAUUUCAUACAAAGGAAGAAGAAAUAGUAUAUAAAUUCAAAAUAAUAAACCAAUUAUUUUUUUCUCCCCCUCCUUCCUUCACCUAGCAUGUCACCACGACAGCACCAAAAACAGAAAGGAGCACAAGAAGUUAAAACCUGUCUUGACAUUGAGCUGGACAAAUGUUGACAUGCAGGGCUGCCAUUGAGUCUCUGCCUGGAAUUCAAAAGGAGACACAUGGACCAAUAUCUCCAAGCAGUUUUGUAGGACACAGGAAAGUAGUCAUCCCAAUGGACUAUCAUUGCUAUUCCAACUACACACACACACACACACAAACACACACACACAUACAAAAACACCCCUCCCCUC